CUGAAUAAUUUGGGUCGAGAAUUUGAAGAGAUAAAUACUGUAGAGGUUUAAUUGCUGAAUCCUUCCCUUCCCACAGACAAUAAAAUACCCGAAGGCCAAUUUAAUGCUCAUAAACACGACUUCUACCACCUCUGUUUUUGCUUGAGCCUUUCAUUACUCUACAAAACAACCCUUCAUUUCGAAAUGGCCGCUCCAAGAGUCUGGCUUGUCACCGGGACUUCCUCCGGUUUCGGAAACGAACUCGUCCACACCAUCCUCAAAAACGGUCAUAAAGUCGUCGCGGCGGGAAGGAAUACUUCGAGAUUGACCUCUCUGAAGGAGGCCGGCGCUGCGACUACCAAGAUCGACCAGAACGAGCCCUUAGAUAUACUCAGGAAGCAGGUUGAGGACGCCAUUACUAUUUAUGGACACAUCGAUGUUAUCGUCUUGAACGCAGCUUAUGUCACUACGGGAACUUUGGAGGAGCGAACGCCCGAAGAAUCGCUCGCACAAUACCAUACAAACGUCUUCGGCAUCCUAAACCUCUACCGCGCCAUCCUUCCGCACUUUCGAGUACGAAAGGCCGGUAUUAUUGCCACAGUCGGUAGCAUGGGAGCUUCAAUGACAGAUCCUCUCAUUGGUCUUUAUCACUCUUCCAAAGCCGCUGUCAGAAACCUCUCCCUCACCCUCGACAAUGAAGUAAAGCCCUUUGGCAUAAAAACUUGCCUGAUCGAACCCGGAUACUUCCGCACAAACCUCCUCUCCUCAGGGACAUCAUUCCAGCUCCCAGAAACCAAGAUCGAAGCCUACGCUGAGAUCAACGAGAAAACAAAGACAUUCCUCACCGAGCGGGACAGAAAACAAAGUGGAGACCCCAAGAGGGGUGCUCAGGUCAUCUUUGAUGUCCUCACCAGCUCAGGAUGCGCAAGGGGGAGGGAAGUUCCCAAGACGCUUGCUCUCGGAAGUGAUGCUGUCAAGUGCAUCAUUGGCAGCAACGAGGAGUUCAACAAGAGGGUCGAAGAAUGGAAGUCCGUCAGCGAGAGCACGGAUUUCCCGAAGGAGGAGCAGCAUUAUUAAAUGGAGACCUUUUGGGGCGCAAUAUCCGGUUGUAAUUGCUGGAGUUGUGCCGCAGCUUUUCUCUAGUGUUAGAAUUUCAAUUAUAUUUUUCUUCCGGGACCUCGAAGUCGUCGUUUGGAAGCAUUUAUCUCACCCAUGAUCACUCA